AUGAAGCGAACACCCCUUUAUGAGGUCCACAGAAACCUCAAUGCUAAAUUUACCGAAUUCGGCGGUUGGGAGAUGCCCCUUCAGUAUAGCAGCAUCGUUACGGAACAUUUGGCUGUCCGAAGCAUCGCCGGUUUGUUUGACUUGUCGCAUAUGGGAGAGAUUGAAGUUUCUGGACAGGGGGCGGACGAAUUGGUGCAGAAGCUCAGCACGAACGAUGUGAGUCGUUUAAGCGAUGGGCGUGUGUUGUAUACCCUAUUCUGCAAUGAAACAGGCGGAAUAGUUGACGACCUACUCGUUUACCGACAUGCUGAUAAUCACUAUAUGCUGGUGGUCAACGCCGCCAAUAUUGAAAAAGAUCUGGCAUGGGUGGAGACCUGUAACGAUACAGGUGCAGAGGUAAAAGACAUGUCCGAGGACAUGGCUCUCAUUGCACUGCAGGGUCCAAAGGCAAUAGAUCUUCUGAAUCCUUUCGUUCCUGAACGAGAUGUCUCCGAGAUCCCGUAUUUUCGAUUUACAACGGGUGACGUCGCUGGUGUCCCUACUGCUAUUUCGCGUACGGGUUAUACUGGGGAAGUUGGCUUUGAGUUAUAUGUUCCUGCGGCAUACGCCGAACGUUUGUGGACUGCAGUAGGAGGACAACCGGUGGGGCUUGGUGCGCGCGACACCUUACGUCUGGAAGCUGGGCUCCGCCUCUACGGUAUGGACAUGAAUGACGACACGAACCCGUUUGAAGUUGGGCUGGGUCGGUUCGUCAAAUUUAAGAAUCGACAAUUUAUCGGCAAAAGUGCACUCCUUGCACACAAAAGAAAGGGCAUCACGAAGCAUAUAAUUGGAUUUCAGAUGCUUGACCGUGCUGUAGCACGUGCCGGUUAUGCUAUUUAUCAAGGCGAUGAACGCAUAGGUAGCGUGACCAGCGGUACCCCUUCACCGAGUCUUAAAUGUAGUAUAGGCUUCGCUUCUAUUGAAUCACAGGCAGUGCCUGAAAAUGAAAAAAUUGAUGUGGAAAUUCGAGGUAAACUGCACCCCGCCAUAAUUGUGGAGGUGCCUUUUGUUUCAAUAGGAACGUAA